GCAGCAACUUGAUAACACAAUCAAAAUGUUCAAACUGUUCGUAUUCGCCUGCUUCCUGGCCUUCGCUGCCGCUAAGCCCAGCGUAUUUCCCGUGGCAUACACGGCAGCAGCGUACACCGCUCCCGUCGCAGCGGCAUAUACAGCCCCCGUAGCGUACUCGGCCUAUACCGCUCCUGUCGCUUACUCGGCUUAUUCUACUUAUGGAUACGCUUCUCCAUACGCCGCUGCUUAUUAUGUGCAUUCCACAAACAAAAAAAAUAUGUUCAAGCAAAUUAUCUUCGUGACCCUGCUCGCUGUCGCAGCAGCUAAGCCCGGCAUUCACUCCGUGGCUUACUCCGCUCCCGUGGUAGCAGCCCCCGUAGCGGCAGCCUACGCAGCUCCAUUUGCGGCAGCCUAUACUGCAUACAGUGCUCCCGUUGCGGCCGCCUACACUGCACCGUUAGGAGCUGCUUACACUGCGCCAGUUGCGGCUGCAUACCCUGCCCGAGUAUCGGCUUAUACCGCACCGGUAGCCGCUGCCUACACUGCACCAGUUGCCGCCGCCUACACCGCUCCAGUAGCCGCUGCCUAUCCUGCCUAUGCUUCUGCUUACACGGCUCCUUUUGCUGCAUACAGAGCACCCGUGCUCCUGAAAUGA